AUGAGCCUCCUAGGUGACCUCUGGGGCGGCGUCCCGGCAAGCUUGGAGGGUAGUGAGACCUCAGCAAAGGAGAGGAAGGGCAAGACGGCGGAAGGAAUCUCCGGGACCAGGCCGGGUUACACUUACGCGCAGGCGGCCUGUUCCUCUUCGUCCGGGGAACUAACCACGGCUGGCCAGCGGAGGAACGAGCCGCGCAUGGACAAGAAGGUGGUGGUGGGAGCGAAACGGCCUCGUUCGCCGCGGGAGGGAGCUUGCGGUAGAUGCUUUCGUUCGUCUCACUCCACGGCGGACUGCCGACACCAAGUUGUGUGUCUGCGCUGCUCCGGGGUGGGACACGUUGCUGCUCGGUGCCCGGUUGAUGAUCGGAGAAGUCCACGUAGGAGGAAGGUUCACGUGCGCUCUAAACUGAGUGGUGGCAAAGGUGGAGUCCCAGAAAGGGAGAGGGUGGACGGGAGGCUGCCGGAAAAGGUGUCGAGGACCCAAGAGAGAGGGGAAGGGGGGAUGACUGAAGGGGAGAGGACUCGUCUGAAAGUGAACUGCGCUUCGCUCUCUCUCUCGAUAUCCCCGGAGAGUUAUGAGUUGAGGGAGGAGCUGGCCAAAGUUGCGGUCCUCUCGUUGGUGGGUGGGAAUGUGAACGAAGGGAGUGUGCUGGAGAUUUUACCUUCGAUCCUCAAUACCAAGAUGGCAGGACCGGCGGUUCCCCUCAACGAGAACUCCUUUCUCUUACCUUUCGAAAACAGGGAUGUUGUCCGGGAGGUGGUGAAGCUUGGGUCUUUCGACGCGAUGACGAGGGACGGUAAAUGCAGGUUGAACUUGGCUCACUGGACUGCGGAGUUGGGGACUUCCGGCCGCGCUGAUGGGGAGGGGCAGUGGAUCUCGAUUUGGAACCUCCCGCUUCACGGGUGGUGCUGGCGCAUCAUCGAACAGGUGUUGCGGCCAGUUGGUGACCUCAUCACACUGUCGAAGGCGUCGGAGCCACAUAAGAAGUUCGUGAAGGCGUUGGUGAGGCGACGACGGGGGGUGGUGUUGCCAAUGGAACUAGAUUUCUCUUUCGGCAUGAGAAGGUAUUUUAUUCUCUUCACGGAGGAGAGAGGUGUGCUGCCAGAGUUCUGUCGCACGUCGGGGAGGUAUGUGCUGUGGGAGACGAUCAGGAAUGGGGGAGUUUUGGCAACGGAGAGACCUCUUCCUCAGAGAGAGGUGAUGGAGGAGAAAGGUAAAUCGACGAUGGCCCCCGUCGCGGGUGAGGGACUGAGAGGGGAUGAAAGGAGGAAGGGCAUCACGAUGGAGAGGUCGGGGGAAGGUGGAAGUAAGACUGGGGUGCCGGUUAGAAGAGGAGGGAUCACGAUUUUGCAGCGUCGAGCGGAGGACAAGAAUGAGAAAGGGAGCUUGCCCUCGUUGCAGUCGCCGUCGGUUGAGCGUAGCUCCCACGGAGAGGAUCUCGGCAGUACCCCGCUGGUCGAGCUAAGCUCCCGCGGAGAAGGUUCACGGCUGAACCUUCACGGUGGUCCACCAGAGGGAGGACCUCGUCGGCCGACCGUCGUGGCUCGGACCGUUGGUCUUUGCACGCUGGCCAGUGGGGCUCGGGUCUCCGAGCUUGAGGAUGAGAUGCGACAUGAUGCGGUGAAGGGGCGUAGCUCGAGGGAUGAACGUGUCGCGUGGAGAGUGAAGCGCCCGGUUGCUGGGGCUGCUGAUAGGGCUGUGACACUUGGCAAGCAGAGGGUGGUCGAGGUUGUCGCUGUCGACGCGGACGAUGACGAGGUUGUCGCGGACGAGGUGGACGCUCUCACCCAGUCCGAGGUUGACGCGGGAGUGGAGGAUUUAAUGCUGGAACAGGUUAAGGAUUAUGAGGCGGUUAAGGCGAGUCAACUAGUUGGGUCUGACUGGCGAUUGGGGUUAAGCCCAACUGUGGCUUCUUCUGGGCCUGGUGAGAGGUUGAUGGGCUUGGACCCAAUUGCGGAGGAAGUGGGCCAUGAUCUGGGCCUGAUUCAAGAGGAUGGGCUGGAUGAGGUUAAAUUUGGGUCAGGCGACCCUCUCCUUCUUUGUGAGGUUGAUAGGAGCAUGGGGGGCCCUAUACACAGCUCUGGGACCUUGGUCAGCCGGGAGAGGGAUUUACAGAGCAGGGGGAGACACCCUUUGACUGGGGAGAAUUCCCUGAUGGGGGGCGGAUUAGAAGUUUUUGACAUCCCGUCCAAUAUUGAUUUUGGAGAUGUCACGGUGCAACCAGAGGUGGUCCCGCCAACAGGUUUUAUUUGGAAGCUCUCAGAGGGAGUGUGGGCCCUAUUUCCUGUCAGUCUGAGAGGAGACAAGUGUGAAAGGCCAAGUGUUCCGGAUUUGCAAGAAGGGCAUGGGGACUCAUUGUCGGCUGAUAAAUUGACCUCAGAAGGGGAUGAAGAUUCAGAUGACUCGGUCUCGGAGUUUGCGCGGAAUCUGCGGGAACUGCUACCAGGGUUGCAAGUGAGCAGCUCUGCUGGUGGCAAGGAACCUCCUGUGGGCUCCAGAAGAAGUGAGAGACAAAAGAAGCCGUCCUCCAGAUUUAAUGCGGAGGCUGGAUUUAUUCCCGAACCGCCGAGGUCAACUAAGAAGAAAACAGUGCAAGAAGGGGUGACGGAAGAUGGCGCUAAGGCGAGAUUAGACGACACCAUGGCUACUGUCAGGCGCAGCCUGGAGUUCCUUGAGUCGAAGAACCAGAGAGACAGGGGGGAUAGCACUGCCGAGGAGGCACCAGAUCGGAGCAUCGAGUAGUUGUUUUUUUGUUCCAGUUUUGGAGGAUGAUCCUUCAUCCUCGUGGGGUGUUCCUUUUUUGUAAUCUUAUACCACUUCUUGUGGUGUGAGAGGUUUUUGUCCGCCAGGGGCCCCUGGUUGUUGUUGUGUUUGUUUUUUAUUAAUUGAAGUGGUUUAUC